GCGCAGUAGCGGCCGGCGGCUCUGGCGAAGCGCGCCUGGGCUGUGGAGCCGGCGAGGCUGACGCGGCUCUGGGUGGGGUGGCGGCGAGGCGAGGCGAGGCGAGGGGGGCGGCGGGAUCCGGAGGCGGCGGCGGCGAAUUGCUUAUAAUAAAUGGCGCCCAAGCAGGACCCGAAGCCGAAAUUCCAGGAGGGUGAGCGAGUGCUGUGUUUCCAUGGGCCUCUUCUUUAUGAAGCAAAGUGUGUAAAGGUUGCCAUAAAGGACAAACAAGUGAAAUACUUUAUACAUUACAGUGGUUGGAAUAAAAAAAGUGCUGUGAGGCCCAGGCGCUCUGAAAACACUUUGAAGACACGUGAGGAUAUUGUAGCCCUUUUUCCUGUUCCUGAAGGAGCUCCCUCAGUACACCACCCCCUCCUGACCUCUAGCUGGGAUGAAUGGGUUCCAGAAAGCAGAGUGCUCAAGUAUGUGGACACCAAUCUGCAGAAACAGCGAGAACUUCAAAAAGCUAAUCAGGAGCAGUAUGCAGAGGGAAAGAUGAGAGGGGCUGCCCCAGGAAAGAAGACAUCUGGACUUCAACAGAAAAAUGUCGAAGUCAAAACAAAAAAGAACAAACAGAAAGCUCCUGGGAAUGGAGAUGGUGGCAGUACCAGUGAAACACCUCAGCCUCCUCGGAAGAAAAGAGCCCGAGUAGAUCCUACAGUUGAAAAUGAGGAGACUUUUAUGAACAGAGUUGAAGUUAAAGUAAAAAUUCCUGAAGAACUAAAACCAUGGCUGGUUGAUGACUGGGAUUUAAUUACUCGACAGAAACAGCUCUUCUAUCUCCCUGCCAAAAAAAAUGUGGAUUCCAUUCUAGAGGAUUAUGCAAAUUAUAAGAAAUCUCGUGGAAAUACAGAUAAUAAGGAGUAUGCUGUCAAUGAAGUUGUGGCAGGGAUAAAAGAGUACUUCAAUGUGAUGUUGGGCACUCAGCUUUUGUACAAAUUUGAAAGACCACAAUAUGCUGAAAUCCUGGCAGACCAUCCUGAUGCCCCCAUGUCCCAGGUGUAUGGCGCACCACACCUGCUGAGAUUGUUUGUAAGAAUUGGAGCAAUGUUGGCCUAUACACCUCUGGAUGAGAAGAGUCUUGCAUUAUUACUGAAUUACCUUCAUGAUUUUCUAAAGUACUUGGCGAAGAAUUCUGCAACUCUGUUUAGUGCCAGUGACUAUGAAGUGGCGCCUCCUGAGUACCACCGGAAAGCAGUGUGAGGCACAGACACUCACUCGAGUUGUUUGGGAUUUCUGUAACACACUUCUGUUCUUAGUCCUCUUGUACACUUGUAUUUUGAAAACGUAUAACAAAAUUGAUGUUUGUUUUCUGUUUGAGUUUAAACUCAGAAAUUAAAAGGGGUCCUGGCUCCUUUUCUCUCUU